GCCCCUAUUUCCUUGUGUCUCUGCCCCCUCCUCCGGAAAAGAGGAUCCCACUUUUGAAACAAUUAGAACCCGAAGCACCCUGCCCAAGACGAAGCCCGACGGGCUGCUGUGCGUGUGCUGUCCUUUCUUGCAAUUUAUUCUGGGCCUGUGUGGAAUAGAAAGACAAUUCUUUCUUUGACUGGUAGGAAAGAAAAGAGAAGACUCCUCAGGGUUUCCAAGGAAGACUGGAGCGGCUGCUUUAGUAAAGAAAAUGGAGACUCAAAGAAGUAAAGCACCUGCCUCAACGCUACAGUGACGGGAAAUCUUGAGGAGCUUGACACUUUUCAUCCUACAGACAUUAACCAUCUUUUGGGGGUAAUCUAUACAUUGGAAUACAGAGCAGUCAGUUCCUGGCUCGUGAUAUUCUAGUUAAGGCGUCUGCCUGACAGCAUGUUGGCACCAGCACGGAGGGAAGCUAUGGACUUCAGCUCCAGGUUCCUGUCCUGAGACCACCACAGAAUGUGCCUUGGACAAAGGCUUGGACUCCUGGAACAUUCAGUGACUUCAAAAAUCUGGUCUCAGGGUGGUGAACUUUUUCUUUGAGUUCCUAACCUGUGAGCUUCUGAUAAUGGUGCCUGCCAACUAAAUGAAUAACUGUGGUUUUGAACAUCUCGAGGCCAGGGACUGUGUCUGAAUAUACUGACAGUUGUUAACACUGGGAGACGUCUGGUGAACACCCGUGGGAUAUAAAGAACAAGCUCUGAAAGUGUUCCAGCUGAAACUUCAGAUCAGACAGACCCGCUGCAGCUUCACAGGCAGUGACCCCCAAGCUGCCGGCGCGCACUGCUGCCAAGCGCAAGGAUGGUGCACGUAGCCAGGCCACUGCUGCUGCUGCUAGCUUUCCUCCUCCACGCGGACGCUGAGACACCUCCAAGGUUUACACGAACUCCUGUUGACCAGACUGGGGUCUCUGGUGGGGUUGCUUCUUUCAUUUGUCAAGCUACUGGAGACCCAAGACCAAAAAUUGUCUGGAACAAAAAAGGGAAGAAAGUCAGCAAUCAGAGAUUUGAGGUAAUAGAGUUUGAUGAUGGAUCUGGAUCAGUUCUCAGAAUACAACCGUUACGGACUCCAAGGGAUGAGGCCAUUUAUGAAUGUGUGGCCUCGAAUAAUGUGGGAGAAAUAAGUGUAUCCACCAGACUCACAGUUUUACGUGAGGAUCAAAUUCCCCGGGGCUUCCCUACCAUUGACAUGGGCCCACAAUUGAAGGUGGUUGAGCGUACACGCACAGCCACCAUGCUUUGUGCAGCCAGUGGGAAUCCAGAUCCAGAAAUCACUUGGUUUAAAGAUUUCUUACCUGUGGACACAAGCAACAACAAUGGGCGUAUUAAGCAGCUACGAUCAGAAUCCAUUGGUGGUACACCAAUAAGAGGCGCCCUUCAGAUCGAACAGAGCGAAGAAUCUGACCAAGGAAAAUAUGAAUGUGUUGCCACCAACAGCGCAGGCACUCGCUAUUCUGCCCCUGCCAAUUUAUAUGUCAGAGAGCUGCGAGAAGUUCGUCGUGUACCACCAAGAUUCUCUAUCCCACCCACUAAUCAUGAAAUCAUGCCAGGGGGAAGUGUUAAUAUCACCUGUGUGGCCGUGGGGUCACCGAUGCCUUAUGUAAAGUGGAUGUUGGGGGCAGAAGAUCUGACACCUGAAGAUGACAUGCCAAUAGGAAGAAAUGUCCUAGAACUGAAUGAUGUCCGACAGUCAGCAAAUUACACCUGUGUAGCUAUGUCCACACUGGGUGUCAUUGAAGCAAUAGCACAGAUCACUGUCAAAGCCUUACCCAAACCUCCAGGAACUCCUGUUGUGACUGAGAGCACAGCAACAAGCAUCACGUUAACAUGGGACUCUGGGAACCCUGAGCCAGUCUCUUACUAUAUCAUUCAGCAUAAACCUAAAAAUUCUGAAGAAGCUUACAAAGAAAUUGAUGGGGUGGCAACCACUCGCUACAGUGUGGCUGGUCUGAGUCCCUACUCUGAUUAUGAGUUUAGGGUUGUCGCCGUCAAUAACAUUGGGCGAGGGCCUCCCAGCGAGCCUGUGCUAACUCAGACCUCAGAGCAGGCACCAUCCAGCGCUCCGAGGGAUGUCCAGGCACGCAUGUUGAGUUCCACCACCAUUUUGGUUCAGUGGAAGGAACCUGAGGAACCCAACGGACAGAUCCAAGGAUAUAGAGUUUAUUAUACAAUGGACCCCACACAGCAUGUUAACAACUGGAUGAAACACAAUGUAGCUGACAGCCAAAUCACUACUAUUGGCAACCUAGUGCCCCAGAAAACAUAUUCUGUCAAAGUCCUGGCUUUUACCUCAAUUGGAGAUGGUCCUCUUUCAAGUGACAUACAAGUCAUCACUCAGACAGGAGUACCAGGGCAACCACUGAACUUCAAAGCAGAACCUGAGUCAGAAACAAGUAUUUUGCUUUCUUGGACACCUCCACGUUCAGAUACUAUUGCCAACUAUGAACUGGUCUUCAAAGAUGGGGAACUUGGAGAAGAGCAACGAAUUACCAUUGAGCCAGGAACAUCUUAUAGACUGCAAGGACUGAAACCAAACAGCUUGUACUAUUUCCGUCUGGCUGCACGGUCUCCACAAGGCCUGGGUGCUUCAACAGCUGAAAUAUCAGCCAGAACCAUGCAGUCAAAGCCGUCAGCUCCUCCUCAAGACAUUAGUUGCACCAGCCCAAGUUCCACUAGCAUUUUGGUAAGUUGGCAACCUCCACCUGUGGAAAAACAGAAUGGGAUUAUCACUGAAUACUCAAUCAAGUACACGGCAGUGGACGGAGAAGAUGACAAACCUCACAAAAUUUUGGGAAUUCCUUCGGACACUACUAAGUACCUUUUGGAACAGCUGGAAAAAUGGACUGAGUACCGGAUCACCGUGACAGCCCACACAGAUGUCGGUCCUGGCCCGGAGAGCUUGUCUGUGUUGAUUCGAACAGAUGAAGAUGUUCCUAGUGGUCCUCCUCGCAAAGUCGAGGUAGAGGCUGUCAACUCAACAUCUGUUAAAGUCUCAUGGCGCUCGCCUGUGCCCAAUAAACAGCAUGGCCAGAUAAGAGGAUACCAGGUGCAUUAUGUGAGGAUGGAAAACGGUGAGCCCAAGGGCCAGCCCAUGCUGAAGGACGUCAUGCUGGCUGAUGCACAGUGGGAAUUUGAUGAUACUACUGAACAUGACAUGAUCAUAUCUGGGCUACAGCCUGAAACUUCCUACUCCCUCACUGUCACAGCCUAUACCACCAAAGGAGAUGGUGCUCGCAGCAAGCCUAAACUUGUGUCCACCACUGGGGCAGUUCCAGGGAAACCCCGGCUUGUGAUUAACCACACUCAGAUGAAUACCGCACUCAUUCAGUGGCACCCUCCUGUGGACACAUUUGGACCUCUUCAAGGCUACCGCCUCAAGUUUGGCCGGAAGGAUAUGGAGCCUCUCACUACUCUUGAAUUCUCUGAAAAAGAAGAUCACUUUACAGCUACAGACAUCCACAAAGGCGCUUCGUACAUCUUCAGACUCUCAGCCAGAAACAAAGUGGGCUUCGGGGAGGAAAUGGUGAAGGAGAUCUCUGUUCCAGAAGAAGUCCCAACUGGAUUUCCUCAAAACCUUCAUUCAGAAGGCACCACUUCAACCUCCGUCCAGUUGUCUUGGCAGCCCCCUGUUCUGGCAGAGAGAAAUGGCAUUAUCACCAAGUAUACCCUUCUGUAUAGGGAUAUCAACGUCCCUCUUCUUCCAAUGGAGCAGCUUAUUGUUCCAGCUGACACCACUAUGACACUCAAUGGCUUAAAACCAGAUACUACAUAUGAUGUAAAAGUACGUGCUCACACGAGCAAAGGGCCCGGGCCAUAUAGUCCCAGUGUCCAGUUCAGGACACUGCCUGUGGAUCAAGUGUUUGCAAAAAAUUUUCAUGUCAAAGCAGUAAUGAAGACUUCAGUACUACUGUCUUGGGAAAUUCCAGAGAAUUAUAAUUCUGCCAUGCCUUUCAAAAUUCUUUAUGAUGAUGGGAAAAUGGUGGAGGAAGUAGAUGGCCGAGCUACACAGAAGUUAAUUGUGAACCUGAAGCCUGAGAAGUCAUACUCGUUUGUGCUGACAAAUCGUGGUAACAGUGCUGGGGGGCUGCAGCACCGGGUGACAGCGAAGACGGCGCCUGAUGUGUUACGUACCAAGCCUGCCUUCAUCGGAAAGACCAACUUAGAUGGCAUGAUAACUGUGCAACUUCCAGAAGUACCUACAAAUGAGAAUAUAAAAGGUUACUACAUAAUAAUUGUGCCUUUGAAGAAAUCUCGUGGGAAAUUUAUCAAGCCAUGGGAAAGUCCAGAUGAGAUGGAAUUAGAUGAGCUGCUUAAGGAGAUAUCUAGGAAACGCAGAAGCAUUCGUUAUGGGAGAGAAGUUGAAUUAAAGCCAUAUAUUGCUGCUCACUUUGAUGUGCUUCCCACUGAGUUCACCCUGGGGGAUGACAAACAUUACGGUGGAUUUACAAACAAGCAGCUCCAAAGUGGUCAAGAAUAUGUCUUCUUUGUGUUAGCAGUGAUGGAACAUGCAGAGUCUAAGAUGUAUGCGACCAGCCCUUAUUCCGACCCUGUUGUAUCAAUGGAUCUGGAUCCACAGCCAAUCACAGAUGAAGAAGAAGGCUUGAUCUGGGUUGUAGGGCCUGUCCUUGCGGUAGUCUUUAUCAUCUGCAUUGUCAUAGCCAUUCUUCUCUACAAAAGUAAACCUGACAGGAAAAGGGCAGAGACCGACUCUAGAAAGAGCAGCAUACCAAAUAGUAAGGAGGUUCCUUCACACCAUCCAACAGACCCAGUAGAACUGAGGCGCCUUAAUUUCCAAACUCCAGGUAUGGCUAGCCAUCCUCCAAUACCUAUCUUGGAACUUGCAGAUCACAUUGAAAGGUUGAAAGCAAAUGACAACUUGAAGUUUUCCCAGGAAUAUGAGUCUAUUGACCCUGGCCAGCAGUUCACCUGGGAACAUUCAAACUUGGAAGUAAACAAACCAAAGAAUAGAUAUGCAAACGUCAUUGCAUAUGAUCAUUCCCGAGUUCUCCUAUCAGCAAUAGAAGGCAUCCCAGGAAGUGACUAUGUGAAUGCCAAUUACAUAGAUGGCUAUAGGAAACAAAAUGCCUAUAUCGCAACACAGGGAUCGCUCCCUGAAACUUUCGGGGACUUUUGGAGAAUGAUAUGGGAACAACGAAGUGCCACAGUUGUUAUGAUGACAAAACUAGAGGAACGUUCCAGGGUGAAGUGUGACCAGUAUUGGCCCAGCAGAGGCACAGAAACCCAUGGGUUGGUCCAAGUGACGCUGCUGGACACCGUGGAGCUGGCCACAUACUGCGUUCGAACAUUUGCACUUUACAAGAAUGGUUCGAGUGAGAAGAGAGAAGUGAGACAAUUCCAGUUUACCGCCUGGCCUGACCAUGGUGUUCCGGAACACCCUACACCUUUCCUAGCUUUCUUGCGAAGAGUGAAAACCUGUAACCCUCCUGAUGCAGGCCCUAUGGUUGUGCACUGCAGUGCAGGAGUUGGCCGGACUGGUUGUUUCAUUGUAAUAGAUGCCAUGUUAGAAAGAAUAAAGCAUGAAAAAACUGUAGAUAUUUAUGGCCAUGUAACUUUAAUGCGAGCCCAGAGGAAUUACAUGGUUCAGACUGAGGACCAGUACAUCUUUAUCCAUGAUGCGCUGUUAGAAGCAGUGACAUGUGGAAAUACCGAAGUGCCGGCUAGAAACUUGUAUGCCUACAUUCAGAAGCUGACUCAAAUAGAAACAGGAGAGAAUGUCACAGGAAUGGAGCUUGAAUUUAAGCGGCUAGCCAGCUCUAAAGCUCACACCUCAAGAUUCAUCAGUGCCAAUCUUCCAUGUAAUAAAUUCAAAAAUCGCCUUGUUAAUAUUAUGCCAUAUGAAUCUACAAGGGUAUGCCUGCAGCCUAUCCGAGGGGUAGAAGGAUCUGAUUACAUCAAUGCCAGUUUUAUUGAUGGAUACAGACAACAGAAAGCCUACAUCGCUACCCAGGGACCCUUGGCAGAGACCACCGAAGACUUCUGGAGGAUGCUCUGGGAACACAAUUCUACAAUUGUUGUGAUGCUCACCAAACUGCGGGAGAUGGGCAGAGAGAAAUGUCACCAAUAUUGGCCAGCAGAACGCUCUGCAAGAUACCAGUACUUUGUUGUCGACCCCAUGGCUGAGUACAACAUGCCACAGUACAUCCUAAGAGAAUUCAAGGUCACAGAUGCCAGGGAUGGUCAGUCCCGAACGGUGAGGCAGUUCCAGUUCACUGACUGGCCAGAGCAAGGAGUGCCAAAGUCUGGAGAAGGAUUUAUUGAUUUUAUUGGACAAGUCCAUAAAACAAAAGAGCAAUUUGGCCAGGACGGACCCAUUUCUGUCCACUGCAGUGCGGGCGUUGGAAGAACAGGAGUCUUCAUAACACUAAGCAUUGUUUUGGAAAGAAUGAGAUAUGAAGGUGUUGUAGAUAUCUUCCAGACUGUCAAAAUGUUAAGAACACAACGACCAGCCAUGGUGCAGACAGAGGAUCAGUAUCAGUUCUGCUAUCGGGCCGCACUUGAGUACCUGGGCAGCUUUGAUCACUAUGCAACGUAGAAACCCCUGACCCAUUUUGGAUUUUGACUGCAGGCCCUUCAAUAUCCACGGAGUCUCUUCUGAGCCAUACAGGGCACUUGAGAAGUCCUCUUAACUUCUAGCUAACUACCACUUAGUGGGACUAUUACACACAAAACAAAUUUAAAAAAAAAAAAAAAAAAAAAAACUCUUCCAGGUGGACCAAGACUUCAAUUUAACAAUCUAACCUGAAACACAAUAGAGAAUCCUGACUGACGAGGAAUCUGAAGGAUUUUAUUGACAGAUACCUCGAGGAUUCAUCUUCAAGGGAAGAAGAAAUCACAGCAAAGAACCACCAUCUUGUUCAGAAUUGCUCGAGAGGCGUGAGGAGGAAAUGCCAGAUGGUGCAGGGCCAGAUGUUUGCUGGUGUAGCUUCUUAUGAUAGAAUGGACUCUGCUUUGACAUCACCCCUUCCCACCAUACUGCUCAUAUUAACAUUUUAGGGGGAAAGGGGGGAAUGUUUCCACAAGAAAGUAUUUGAUUUAGUUUUUUAGUAUUGUAAAGAUACUGCUGACCUACCUGUGCUUCAUUUUUAACUGUGUAAACUUUUUUUUUAACAAAUGUAUCAUUCGAUA